AUGUGGCAGCUCUACUGAAGCCAUCCUUGAAAAUUCGGCCAGGGGCCUCAAUCUUAUCACGUAUGUUCUAACCAGCAUGGCCUGAUUCGCAAGUACAAUCUAAAUAUUUGCCACCAGUGCUUCCAACAAUAUACGAAAGACAUCAGUUUCAUUAAGUUGAACUAA